CGAUCAGAAGAGAAGAGAAGAAAAGCAGAGCCACCUGCUGCCUCUGAGUGACAGUGAGAUCACCAAAAAACGACAGAAAAAUGGAAAUGGGGCGGCACAAAAACACCAUAACUUUAACUUAUCAUGAAAUUUCCAUUUAAAUUUCAAUUUCCAGUCACUAUAUAUAUUUCCAUUUCUUCCCAACCCCUGCUCCACCAUUGCUCUGUUUUCAAACAAACAAAUUUUCAGUUCAAUUUGCUUUGCUAAUUUGACCAUUUCGAGAUGCCGAAGGAUAUCGAAGCAGGAGGGCGAGGUGGGUUCGGCGCCAAAGAUUACGAAGACCCACCGCCGGCCCCAUUGAUCGACGGCCACGAGUUCGCUAAAUGGUCGUUUUACAGAGCCAUUAUUGCAGAGUUUGUAGCCACGCUUCUGUUUCUGUAUGUUACUGUUUUGACUGUGAUUGGGUAUAAGAUUCAGAGCGAUGUCAAUAAUGGAGGGGAGAUUUGCGGCGGCGUCGGCAUUCUGGGCAUCGCUUGGGCCUUCGGCGGCAUGAUUUUUGUUCUUGUUUACUGCACCGCCGGAAUUUCUGGAGGGCAUAUAAACCCGGCGGUGACGGUGGGGCUGUUGUUGGCUCGGAAGGUGUCAUUGGUGCGAGCCGUGUUGUACAUAGUGGCUCAGUGUCUAGGCGCCAUUUGUGGAUGUGCGUUGGUGAAAUCAUUCCAAAAUGCUCACUACCAUACUUACGGCGGUGGCGCCAACUCGCUCGCCGACGGCUACAGCACCGGCACCGGAUUGGCUGCCGAGAUCAUUGGGACCUUCGUUCUCGUUUACACCGUCUUCUCCGCCACCGAUCCAAAGAGAAACGCUAGAGAUUCCCACGUUCCUGUUUUGGCACCACUCCCAAUUGGGUUCGCGGUGUUCAUGGUUCACUUGGCCACCAUUCCCAUCACUGGAACUGGCAUAAACCCAGCACGAAGCUUCGGAGCCGCAGUGGUUUUCAACGAAGACAAGCCCUGGGAUGAUCAAUGGAUCUUCUGGGUUGGGCCUUUUAUUGGUGCUGCCAUUGCUGCAAUUUAUCACCAAUUUAUACUGAGAGCAGGGGCAGCCAAGGCUCUGGGAUCAUUUGGGAGCUCCUGAAUGAUAAUGAUGGUGGUGCUUCUUCUACCUUCAAAUUUGGUCGGAGAAAAUGGAAAAUAUUAAGCCUAAUUGGCAAAAAUGCCGAUUGUGGUCUGUACAAAAGGGCACUGGUUAUUUUUUAUUUAUUUAUGCCCAUAUCCACUUUUGCUCUGUUUUUAUGUAAUAAAUAACAAGAUCUUGUGCUGUUUAUUAUUGUGAAUGCAUGUGCCUUGGAUUUUAUCUUU